UCUUUGAGUUUUCAGGAUUUGUUAAGAAUGUGCGAUGUUUUAUCUAAUUAUUGGACAGAAAACACAGGAAUAAUGAAGAGACAACAGCGAGAAGACAUUAUGUCGUCUGUGCAUCAAUAUUUAAAAAGAAGGAAAUUUGAAACCGUAUCCUCUGAUAAUGGAGAAGAUAAGACAUCCGUAAAAAAUAAAAGAGUUUGUAAACAAAAUGAGAAUCUGUGUGAAUUGAGUAUCAGAAGACAUGUUAAAUGUAGCAGUGUAACUGAAAAUGUUUUAUCUUAUAGCAGUAUAUCAGGUGAUGUCACAGCUUGUGAUCAACAAUUUACAAGAUUAAAGAAUUUUCUAUUAGAGGCUGUAGAACCCUAUCGCGAUGAAUUAAAGAAUCUCUUAUAUCCAAUGUAUGUACACGUUUACCUUGAGAUGUUGUGUAAUGGACAUAAAACUCCAGCUCACAAGUUUUAUGAUCGACAUGUGGCAUUAUUUAAAGAUGAUGAAGUACAUAAAACAGUUAUUAAAACGUUACGUAAACUUGAAGCUAAAAGCGAUGUCCCUGGAUGUAAAGAUAUAGCCAACUUCCGGGAACAUAAAUUUUCUAUAACCAUGUCCGAAGAAUCACUGUCUUACCUAAUGAGACAUUUAAAGACAGAAGAUAAUAUGAUUAUGUUACAGAUAUUCAACCAUUAUUUACAAAUAAUAGUACCGACGAGUGAUAGUCAGAUAGAAUUACGAGAGCAGGAUAAGAAAGAAGAUAAAAAAGAAGAAGGAUGUAGUAAAGUUUGUAGUGAUGUCACUAUUACAUCAUUAAAACAGUGUAUAGCUAAAGUACAAGAUGGCCCUUCUAAUAUAUCAUCUAUAUGUUGUUUUACAUUUCUUAAUACUUCAUCUGGAUUAUGUAGUGUGAGUAUAUCAGCAGAUAAUGAGUAUAUAUGUGGAGGUUUUGAAGAUUCAACAAUAUCAUUAUGGAGUAAUAAACCUGAUUUAUUACAUACCCAACCUAUGAGUAAUAAUCCAUCGGUUAUAUCAGUAGCUGCUGAUUAUUAUACUAUAUCAGAUGAUGAUUCCACUACAAAUAGGAAGAAGGACGUAGAAACGUUAAAGAUGAAAGGUCAUAAUGGUGCUGUAUAUAAAACAUGUUUUACACAUGAUUCUCAAUAUUUACUCUCUUCAUCACAAGAUACAACAGUGAGAUUAUGGGACAUGACAAGUCAUACGAAUGUAGUUUUAUAUAGAGGUCAUAGUUCAUCAGUUUGGAGUUUAGAUAUCAGUCCAUUAGGGUAUUUUGCAAGUUGUUCACAAGAUAGAACAGCCAAACUUUGGUGCCUUGAUAGAAAUUAUCCAAUCAGAUCUUUUAUUGGUCAUACAUAUGACGUAGAUGUGGUUAAAUUUCAUCCAAAUGGUAAUUAUAUAGCAACUGGUUCGGGUGAUAAAACAGUCAGAUUAUGGAGCGUACAAAAUGGCCGCUCUGUCCGUUUGCUUCAAGGACAUCAUGGUUCUAUACUAGCUAUGGCUUUUUCACCAAAUGGAGAAUUUCUUGCUUCUGCAGGGGAAGACAGACGAAUCAAAAUAUGGGAUUUGAGUUCAGGAACUCUGUUUAAAGAGUUCAGAGGUCACAGUGAUACUGUUUAUGAUCUGAGUUUUAAUCAACAAUCUACGCUAUUAGCUUCUGGUGGUAUGGACUGCUGUGUCCGAAUGUGGGAUGUCCGGAAAAACCGCGAACCAAAACCAGAAAGUAAAAUGUCUAGUGGUAUUGGGGAAGGUCAUACAUCACCAGAGCUACAAGGUGCCUUCUCGACCAAGUCUACUUCAAUCACAUUCCUCCAGUUCACAAAAAAUAACCUUUUACAAGUAGCAGGUUCUAUCUUAUAGAACAGUUUAAAUUAAACAGUGUUAAAUUUGUUUUAUUAAAAUGAUAAAAGUUGUCUGAUAUUAGCAAUAAAUACUACACAACCACACAGAGAUAAAAGAGAGAGAGAGAGAAAUGGGGUUUAAUGUCCACUCGACACAAACUAGGUCAUUUCGGGACUAACAUAUGGUUAAAUUUUAUUUCAAUGAUUCGCUGGCGCGUAGGGGUCUUUAGCAGUGGGAGGAAACCGGAGGACCCGGAGAAAACCUAUGAGGUUAGACAGGCGACCCUACUCCUUGUCACGUACAACCGGGGCACAGAGAGAUAAACCAAUAAUGCUUGAUAAACUCUGUUCUCAAGCAGAGCUAAUUGUAGACAGGCAGCCUAAGUUUAGUAUGUAAAUUACAUAUAGCCAAGAAACGGUCAGGCUGGAAUUCUUCGGGAUGGCCAAUGCAUGGAUUUGCGGCCAAACCGCACUUUUGAGCUUUUCCGUGUCUGAGUUCUCGUCUCUCUCGGCUAUGGGCUGAGCAGCAAUAUUAUGCUCCAUUUAAAGUGGUUAUUUUUGGGACAAUGGUAAUAAAGAUCAAAUAGGAUGUGGGAACAAGUGGUGCAGACAAAUUUACGAGGAAAUAUGUUUUAAGCCUUUGCUGGGUGACUUCAGAUUUUAACAAUGUUAUGUACUUCGAUAGGUUUUAAAAACCUUAUCUCCUUUUGAUGUGGGGAGCCACAGUGAUUAAGUCGGAGCAGAACGGUAGGAUGUUAAACCCCAUUUCAUUUCAUUUUCUUUUGAUGUAUAUUUAGUAUCAGGAGCCACGGUGGCUAAGGGAGUCAGAUGUAUCAUUUGAUAUUACAAAUGUAUGUUUUUUUAGUUAAAACAGUUGAUGUAUAUAGUGUUUAUAAUGUAAAUAUGUAAAUAAAUCUAUGCAAAAUGA